AUGCCACAAAUAUCAUCAGCCAAAAUUCAAAGCUUCAAUUCUUACAAACUCAAAACUUUAAAGUUGUUAAGAAGACAAGAACUGAAACGUGAGCGCAAACACACAAUCACCGUCGUUCCAAUCGGAGGAAAAAUGCCGCGCGACAAACACCAGCCACCGGUGGUUCGCGUCUAUACAGUUUGCGACGAAUCCAAGUAUUUAAUCGUGAGGAAUGUUCCGAAAUUAGGUUGUGGUGAUGAAUUACGGAAAUUGUUCGAAGGAUAUGGUGAAAUUGAUGAAUUCAUACCAUUGGACGAUGAAGAUUGCGAGCCAUUUACUGAUGUUUACUGGAUUAAGUUUCAUCAGGUCAACAAUUCUAGAUUUGCGAAAAGGAAGUUGGAUGAAUCAGUUUUUAUUGGAAAUCGGAUUCAAGUUUCAUAUGCACCAAAGUAUGAGAGCCUUAGUGACACAAAAGAGAAGUUGGAAGGUAGAAGAAAAGAAGUUGUAGCUAGACUUAAUCCUAAAUUCAUAUCACAGCCAUUAAAUAUCCAACACAGGGACCCACAUACUGUUCACAGUCAAACUCUUCCGUCAACAGUUUCGUCUAAUCAGGAUUAUUUUCCAUUAGAGUCGAUGAAUCAGACAGUUAGAUUGGUCAGGGAAAAGCUUAACAAGAUUGAAUCGGAUACAGCCGUGUCUUCUAAAAAACCACGAAUUGACAAUAGAAGAAGAAUCUGAUAGCCGUUACCUCUUUUCAUUAACUUUUGAUGAUGAAAAUGAGGAGGGUAUUUACGUCUUUUUACACAUGCAUGAGAUCGAGAACGAGUCGGUCUCCUACUUUGUUCUACUUUUUUUCGGGUUGG